AACCUCCUCCGAAGGCUCCCUCGGAAGACUGCGGUGCGCGUGGGGGACACAGCCAUGUUCUGCGUGGAGCUGGCCGUCCCGGAGGGCCCAGUGCGCUGGCUGCGGAACCAGGAGGAGGUGGUGGCGGGUGGUCGGGUGGCCAUCACCACGGAAGGCACGUGCCACACGCUGAUCAUCUCGCAGUGCGGCCUGGAAGACAUGGGCGAGGUGGCCUUUGUGGCUGGUGACAGCCGGACAUCCACCCAGUUCUAUGUGUCAGCCCCCAGGAAGCCGCCUCUGCACCCACCUGCGGACCCCGUGGUGAAGACCAGAACAGAGAGUUCCGUGACCCUUGGCUGGUCCCCACCAGCCUACGGGGACCGCCCUGUCACCAUCGACGGCUAUCUGGUAGAGAAGAAGCGGCUUGGCACCUAUACCUGGAGUCGGUGCCACGAGGCCGAGUGGGUAGCCACACCUGAGCUGACUGUGGCUGGUGUGGCUGAGGAGGGGGACUUCCAGUUCCGGGUGUCAGCUAUCAACAGCUUUGGCCAGAGUCCCUACCUCGAGUUUCCGGGCACUGUCCACCUGGCCCCCAAGCUGGCAGUGAGGACACCCCUGAAGGCGGUGGAGGCGGUGGAGGGUGGCGAGGUCACGUUCUCUGUGGACCUCACCGUGGCCUCAGCGGGAGAGUGGUUCUUGGAUGGGCGGGCUCUGAAGGCCAGCAGUGUGUACGUGAUCCGCUGUGACCGCACCCGGCACACGCUCACCAUCCGGGAGGUGCCCGCCAGCCUGCACGGGGCGCAGCUCAAGUUCGUGGCCGACGGCAUCGAGAGCAGCAUCCGGGUGGAGGUCCGAGCAGCCCCAGGGCUGCCCACCAGCAAGCCUCCAGCCGCGGCUGCCCGGGAGGUGCUGGCCCGGCUGCACGAGGAGGCUCAGCUGCUGGCCGAGCUGUCGGACCAGGCGGCGGCUGUGACCUGGCUGAAGGACGGCCGCACGCUGCCCCCAGGCCCCAAGUACGAGGUGCAAGCGUCUGCGGGGCGCAGGGUACUGCUUGUGCGCGACGUGGCGCGGGACGACGCGGGCCUCUACGAGUGCGUCAGCCAUGGUGGCCGCAUUGCCUACCAGCUGUCGGUGCAAGGCCUCACGCCCUUUCUGCACAAGGACACAGCGGGCAGCUGUGUGGACGCUGUGGCCGGGGGCCCGGCCCAGUUCGAGUGCGAGACCUCGGAGUCCCACGUGCGCGUGCGCUGGUACAAGGAUGGCACCGAGCUGGGUCACUCCUGCAAGCGCUUCUCGCAGGAGGACGUGGGGACACGGCACCGGCUGGUGGCAGCCGCAGUCACCAGGCAGGAUGAGGGCACCUACUCCUGCCGUGUGGGCGAGGACUCCGUGGACUUCCAGCUCCGGGUGUCUGAGCCCAAGGUGGUAUUUGCCAAGGAGCAGGAGUCACACAAGGAGGUGCAGGCCGAGGUGGGGGCCAGCGCCACACUGAGCUGCGAGGUGGCCCAGGCGCAAACGGACGUGACAUGGUACAAGGACGGGAAGAAGCUGAGCUCCAGCUCGAAGGUUCGCGUGGAGGCAAAGGGGAAGCAGAGGCGGCUGGUGGUGCCGCAGGCGGGCAGGGCGGACGCCGGGGAGUACAGCUGCGAGGCCGGGGGCCAGAGGGUCUCCUUCCGCCUGGACGUCACAGAGCCCAAGUCGGUGUUUGCCAAGGAGCAGCCAGAGCGCAGCGAGGUGCGGGCCGAGGCGGGGGCCAGCGCCACGCUGAGCUGCGAGGUGGCCCAGGCGCAGACGGAGGUGACGUGGUACAAGGACGGGAAGCAGCUGAGCGCCAGCCCCCAAGUGCGCGUGGAGGCAAAGGGGAAGCAGAGGCGGCUGGUGGUGCCGCAGGCGGGCAGGGCGGACGCCGGGGAGUACAGCUGCGAGGCCGGGGGCCAGAGGGUCUCCUUCCGCCUGGACGUCGCAGGUGGGUGCCAGGGCUGGGCAGAAUGUUCAGGGACCCUUCACAGCCAUGUCCCCAGCUCUGCCUGGUGGCUCCUGGCCCGUGUCAUCCUGUCAUCAGAGCAGAGCAGGCCCACGGCUGAGCUGGGCGUGAUGGGGACGGUGGGGUGA